CAGCGGGCAUGUACCUAUCAUUAUAAGCUGCUUUAAAUGGCAAUCAAUGUCUCACAUGUCCAAGUGUCGCCUGGACGCAAAGGCCAUAAUUGUUUGGGUGCACGAACCAGGACGCCUUUGGUGAGGAAGGUGUUUAGGACAGCUGCCUCAACCAGAAACACGUCUGCAGCUCUAAGUGAUCUGCAACCGCUGGUGGAGCAAUGGCUGCGAUGGGACAAGAAUGCCGAGUCUCGUGCAGAGAUCCAGCAGCUAUGGACAACCGGCAAAGCGGAGGAACUGCGAGGCAUGCUUGGUACCCGGCUUGAGUUUGGCACGGCGGGCCUGCGAGGAAAGCUGGGUCCCGGCACUGCUCGAAUGAACGGUGUGGUGGUCCAGCAGACCGCGCAGGGGCUGUGCGCCUACCUGCAGGCCACCUGCCCGCAGCAACUGCAGCAAGGGGGGCUGGUGGUGGGCUACGACGGACGCCAUGGCUCCCGCGCAUUCGCGCACCUCACCGCAGCCGUGUUCGCCUCGCGCGGGCUGCCCGUUGCACUGUUCCGGCGGGUGGUGCCCACGCCCUGGGUGGCGGCGGGGGUGGCGGAGCUGGGGGCGGCGGCGGGUGUCAUGGUGACGGCCUCGCACAACCCCAAGGAGUACAACGGCUACAAGGUGUACUGGGGGAAUGGCUGCCAGAUCAUCCCGCCCCAUGACGCUGGCAUCGCAGCAGCCAUUGCAGACAGCCUGGAGCCCUGGGACCUGUCGCCGUACAGCAACCCACACGACCCGUACGACAUGGAAGCUGAAGCGCAGCUGCUGGGCUCGCCGCUACUGAGUGACCCAUGGGUCACCGUGACGACCGCCUACUACGCGCGCCUGGCUGCGCUUCGCUACCUGCCUGCGGAGGGUCCGGAGCGGCAAGCGGCGCUGGCAGCGCUGGGGGUGCCGGUGUAUACGCCGCUGCAUGGGGUUGGGGCGGAAGCGCUGCUGCAGGCAUUCCAGGUGAUGGGUCUGCCCGAGCCGUACAUCGUUCCCGAGCAGCGCCACCCCGACCCCGACUUCCCCACCGUGGUAUUCCCCAACCCGGAGGAGGGCAAGGGCACGUGGAACCUGGCGUUCCAAGCGGGCAUCCAGCAAGGGGCUCGACUGGUGCUGGCGAACGACCCAGACGCUGACCGGCUGUGUGUCGCCGAGCGCAACCCCGCCUGCCCGGGCGGCUGGAGGGUGUUCAGCGGCAACGAGAUGGGCGCCUUGCUGGCCCACUGGGUGUGGAGCAACUUCAGGGAGAGGAACCCGGAGGUCCCCCCCUCCCGCUGCGUGCUGCUCUCCUCCGCCGUGAGCUCCCGCCUGCUGGCCUGCAUGGCUGCUGCGGAGGGGCUCACCCACGUCACCACCCUCACCGGCUUCAAGUGGCUGGGCAGCACUGCGAGGCGGCUGGAGCGGGAGGAGGGGCGCACCGUGCUGUUUGCAUUCGAGGAGGCCAUUGGCUUCAUGCUGGGAGGCAUGUACCGGGACAAGGACGGUAUCUCCGCCGCCGCCGUCUUCACGGAGCUAGCAGCCCACGUGUACGGCAGGGGCGGCACCUUGGAGGGCCUGCUACGGCAGCUGUACGACAAGUACGGCUACUUUGACUACCGGUCCGGCUACUUCAUUGCCGACCGGCCGGAGAAGACACGUGCUGUGUUUUCGGAGCUGCGGGGAGGGGGAGGAGGAGGAGGACGAGGGGCAGAAGGGGGUGAUGGUGGCUAUGCUGGCAGCGUGGCUGGGCUAGCGGUGGAGCAUGUGCGGGACCUGGGCACGGGUCUGGACACUAGCCAGCCGGACGGCCGCGCGGUGCUUCCCUGGCAGCCGGGCGACAUGAUGAUCACCUACACGCUGGCAGGGGGGGCCACGCUCACGCUGAGGGCAUCGGGCACGGAGCCCAAGCUCAAGUACUACCUCGAGGUGCGGGGCGACGACGCGGCUGCUGCGGGCGUCCUGGCCGACCGGCUGCAGGCUGCCAUUGCGGAGGAGCUAGUGGGGGCGGGGCGGCACGGACUGACACUGCCAGCGACGAGCGCUUAGAUAGGGACGUGCAUCGGGGUUGGAAUCGUUGGAUAAUGAACGUGCGAAGAAUUCUCUACGUACGCGCUUAUUGCAACGAAUGCUGUAAUGAUGGGGCAGGUGUGUUGUAGAUAGGGAAAGAGUGGGAUAGAGGAAGAGUUCUGCACGGGGGGAGGUCGUGGGUAAAGGCCUUCCACUAGUUUGUGGGUAAUGAGCGGGAUAGUUCGCUGCACAGUGACGCUUAUGAUUUUGACGAGAGCAUUCAAUUCCGCUAUAAACAUUCUAAUUGGGGUGGUACCAUGGGCUCUCAAAGUGGUCGUACGGCACCGGUAGGUAGGG